AUGGCGACGAACAGCGAAGGAAUACCGUUAUCCUACUUCGAGGCGCCGUACAGCCUCUUAUCCAUGGACACCCACACCUACAACGGACUUCUCGUUAUAGGAACCCUCGCCGCCAUCUCGCUGGUUUUCACAACGACGCUUCUAGGCUUCAUAACAUGGCGCAUGUUUACGUGGAAAUCCCACUACAGCAGUCCCGUUAGCCGCAACCAGUCGAUCGUCCUCAUCUACCAGCUCAUUCUCGCCGACCUCAUCCAAGCGCUCGGGUUUUUGAUCUCGUUUCACUGGGUAACGGAGCGUCGGAUCGUUGGGCCGAAUAGUUCGUGUUUUGCGCAGGGGUGGUUGAUUCAGCUUGGGGAUGUCGGCAGCUCCUUUUUCGUCCUCGCGAUCGCGGUCCAUACGACGUACCAAGUCAUCCUCUCGAAGAGUUUAUCUCACGGGGCCUUCGUUGCUUGUGUGCUUGGUGUUUGGGGGUUGUCCGUGGGUCUUACGUGCCUGGCGCCAAUUAUUGGCGGGCGGUUUGUGUUCAUGAGAGCCGGAGUCUGGUGCUGGAUACAAACGGACAGAGAAGGACUGCGUCUUUCGCUGCAUUAUAUCUGGAUUUUCAUCGUCGAAUUCGGCUCUAUUCUAAUUUACGCCCUAUGCUUCUUUUAUCUAUACCGCCUUAGACGCAGAGAAGCUAUGAUGUCAGGUCGGAACGUGGAGAGUCUACGAAGGGCACGAGCGGCUAUGUUGGCGUACGCAAUAAUUUACACACUCUUGAGUCUUCCUUUAGCUGCUGGAAGAAUGGCCAGUAUGUCAAACAAUACCCCGUCCGAUGGGUAUUAUCUAUUCGCCGGCGGUCUUUUCACGUGCUCCGGCUGGGUAGAUACCGUCCUUUAUACAAUCACGCGGCGAGCGCUCCUCUUCGACGAAUUAAACGUUUAUGGUCGUCGAUCCGGGGUAAACACGGGCAACGGUACACGUCAUGCCAAGGACGCCGGCUUCCAAAGACAGAGCAGUACGGAGUCCAUCCUGGCUAAUAAUGGCUUCGGGAGUAUUGGGGGGAUCAAGAUGGAGAGAACCGUGAAAGUCGAGCUUGCGGACGUGGAAAGCGGACCUGGCAACUCUGGAAAGAACACACAAGAAUAUUAUGCAACAGCAACGGCAGGGGACACGAAAUCCUAG